AUGUCCAAGGCAUCACAACCAGAACUUAAGAAGGUAGACUUCUAUUCAAGUCCUGCCUUUUUUAUGGACAAGAAGUUGUUCGUCCAUCUGCAAGGUGGCCGCAAAGUUAGCGGUACUCUGCGUGGCUACGACCUCUUUCUCAACCUCGUUAUCGACGAUGCUCUGGAAGAGUCAACUCCAGCUCAGAAACAUCCCAUUGGAACGGUGGUUAUUCGUGGUAACAGCGUAACAUCGAUGGAAAUUCUCGAAGCUGUCCGCUCCGAGAUCGUACUGCAUGCGACAAGCAUCAUAAAGGAAGUUGGUACAUUUUUCGCCGGAAUCACUUCAAGCGAAUUUGUGGACUGGCAUCAAUUGCAAGAGGCUUCGGAUACUACUGGCCAGUCCUGGCGCCAGACUAAUUACUGUUCCAUGCGGAGACAGCUUUCUAAAGUCUGUCUUUCCGCUACAACCCAAAUUCAUUCCCUGCGUCGACUUGUUCAUACAUCUACUCGUUGCUUAUCCGCUAUAACCCUUCCGUGUCAUAUCGUGCAUGAUGCGUAUUCCGGUCCAAGCACAACCGCUGCUUCACAAAAAAGUUCCAAGGACAUCAUUCAGAAGGAAAAGCUUUCCGCUCUUAUGGAGGUCCUCUCGCGUGAGACACGGAGCUAUCCCAGAGUAUGGUCAUGCUAUGUCGAUUUCAUGAAUUACGCAGAAUGCGACGAUCUUCCUCUGGAAGUUCAUCAAGCAGUUCUUCGACGUUGUGUCCCAGGCGCGUAUACCCUGAGAACAUGGACAGCGCGUCGCAUGCAAACAGGUCAAGCUCCUCGCAUUCCUCACCAUUUUGAGGCCCGUCUCAAGACCGUCAUGCGUAAUAUCCGAGCAACAGGCGCAGAUGCUACUCUUGACGACUACCAUUUUGUUCUGUAUCAUUUUGCCGCCGUGGGUCACUAUACCGGUGCAAUGCAAGUUCUCACUGAACUUACGCAUGUCUGCAAAUUGGACCCUGAAGCGAGAACAUUCGGCUUAAUCCUCAAAGCAAUCGCACACCGUUUGUCUCUGCCAAUAUAUAAGGUGCAGCGCGAGGACAUGCUUGCUGACGCGAGCAAGCUUUGCCGGAAGCUGCUCAAGGAAAUGUCAGCUCGGAAUAUGCCUUUGACAUCUUUCAACCUUGACUUGGUGAUCCGUAUCCUGAAGGAGGUGUUAGAUCAGGAGGGGUUCUAUCAGCUCAUGAAAUUGGGCUAUGGUAUAGACUUGGAUUAUCCAGACCACCCUCCAUUACAAGGCUCCAGCAUGUUAUCACCUUUUUCCACCGCCGCUCUCAAUACCACCCUUGACAUGCUCGGUCGCCUCGGCAAUGUAGCCAAACUCGUACAAACUUUCGAGGUCCUCACUCAACCCCUUCCACCACAAGCCAGCCAGCACUAUUCACGGGAGUUCGAUGAUGAGGAUGACUUUGGAAUCGCAAACCCCGCUUCAACAGAGCCACACCUAACUCCUCACGCCCGGCCCAAUACCACUUCAUAUAACAUCCUGCUAAAGCAUAUCUCGCGCGCGGGCCACGCCACCUUUGCACGACAUUACCUCUACCAAGCUGUGCGCCUAGAUCGUUCGGUCGACCGUCUUUUACGGAGUCAGCUUUAUCGUGAUCCCCAUGGCACGCUUGCACCACAUUUCAGCCUAAACCGGGGCACCAUAAUACCUGUCUUUGGGGAGGCCAACAGAGACAAGAAUCUGGAGUUGAUGCGAUGGGUUGGAUGGGUUACGAGACAGACCAUACGGAGGAAGAAAAAUGAUAUCGCGUGGUACUCUGACCAACGUGACAGUUUCCCUCCUCCAUCUCCCUUAGAAUCAACCUCCUCUAGUUCUCCCAGCUCCCCUCCACCGGACGUCUCGACGGCUCUAGACGUCGACCUCGACACUCCUUCCACGCCUCCAGAAUUUCACCCACCGGAGAAAAUAUUCGAUAGUAGACCUCCAUCUUCGGAUCCUCCAGAAAAUCGGGUGACGCAAAGGGUGAAGGAGCGACUUGGCAGACGGGUAUGGGCUGGGAAGAAUAUCUAUUUGCUCAGCAAGGGUGCCCGGGUAAUUGUACCAAGGAAUGAAUGGACGAGGAUCGUGAACUUCAAGCAAGGAAAGGCUGGCUUUUUAGGAGGUCAUGGUGGUCGAAUUAUGCGGAACGGAUGGGUUGCAGGAUAUAAAGGGUUCAGAGCACCCAGGCCCCAGCCCUUGCAAUUUUUUGACCCAUCAUCGAUGAGCUGA